AUGGCGAUGAGAAUUCCCUUCGACCAGUCUGUAUGGUAUGAAUACCUUGCCGGUCAAGAAGCCCAGUUACCUCCUCUAAAUGACAUUGAACACAUAACCGAUCGAGUUGUGCGCGUAAUGGGAGGGAAUCCGGGUCUCACGCAGUUACAAGGUACCAAUACCUAUCUUGUAGGGACCGGUAGAUCUAGGAUUAUUAUUGAUACCGGCGAGGGUCUGCCAUGCUGGAUUGAAAGAGUGGUGCAACUUGUUCGGGACCAUCAGCUUGAGAUCUCACACAUUCUGCUGACGCACUGGCAUGGAGACCACACCGGCGGUGUCGCUGACCUCGUCGCCUACAACACGGAACUGGCUUCGAGAGUGUACAAAAACCAACCCGAUCGCGGCCAAAAUGGCCUCGUUGAUGGACAGGUUUUCGCCAUCGAGGGCGCCACCUUGCGAGCUAUAUUCACGCCUGGUCACGCGGUGGACCAUAUGUGCUUCGUCCUGGAGGAGGAGAAUGCGCUGUUCACGGGCGACAACGUGCUUGGUCAUGGAUACUCGGUCAUCCAGGACCUUGCAAUGUACAUGAAGAGUCUGGUGCGGAUGGCUGCGCUGCGCUGUACAACAGGCUACCCAGCGCACGGAGCCAAAAUCGAAGAUAUGUCGGCUAAGAUGCAGGAGUACAUUACACACAAGGAGUUUCGAAUUCAGCAGGUAUUCUCGACGCUAUCACAGAAUAGGAUUGUUGAGUCCUCAGUGAGUGUGCCGCAGGUAGUAGGAAAGGGCAAGGGCGGUGGUAUGACGUUGGCAGAGAUCGUCCAGUCUAUCUAUGGCGAUGUACCGGUCGAUUUCGUCGAGAAGGCUUUUGCGCCCUUUCUGACCCAGGUCUUGUGGAAACUAGCCGAGGAUCGAAAAGUUGGGUUUGAACCGGGGGAGCCGAUGAAGAGGAAGUGGUUUGGGUUGUCGGUCCGUGAAGUGCAGCCAGAUUCCGACUGA